CUUUGCUAGCAUUUUGUUUACUACUGGUGAUGGGGAACUGUCUUAAGAACAGCACUGCUUCGAGGAACAAGCCGUUGCCUAUCGACACCAUUUUCAUGCUCCCCUCUCCGUUGCCUGCUUGGCCAUCCGGUAGUGACUUCGCCAGAGGAGUGGUUGAUCUUGGAGGGCUUCAAAUUCGAAAGGUAGCAUCUUUCCAGAAAAUUUGGACAGUUUAUGAGGGUGGACCAGACAACCUCGGCGCAACCAUCUUUGAACCUGAACCUUCAUCCAUUCCAGAUGGAUUCUCCAUGCUCGGUAGCUACGCCCAACCCAACAACCGCCCACAAUUCGGUUGGGUUUUGGUGGGAAAAACUGAUGCCGGCGAUCAAUCAGGCGACAUUCUAAAGCAGCCAAUAGAUUACACUCUUGUUUGGAACUACAGCAAUACUAAAUGCCUCAAAACCAAUAGCUCCACAGACACCGCCUACUUUUGGCUCCCGACUCCACCCGAUGGCUACAAAUCCAUAGGCUAUAUCAUCACAACAUCACCAGACAAGCCAUCCCUAGACAAGAUUCGAUGCAUUCGCUCAGACUUUACAGACGAAUUAGAAACAGAUUCAUGGAUAUGGGCACAAGGCAAGGAUCAAGAAAGCGUUGAUGGACUGAAUAUAUACAGUUCAAGACCAAAGAAUCGAGGGGCCAAUGCACUAUCUGUUGCUGCAGGCACAUUCAUCCUCCAAAAUGGUAACAACUCUUCCCAAUUACCUUUAUCCUGCUUACAGAACAAGAACUUAACCUCAACCACCAUGCCUAACCUAAGCCAAAUCAAAGCACUCUUCCAAACAUACUCUCCAUACAUUUACUUCCACCCUAAAGAGAACUACCUUCCCUCCUCAGUCAAUUGGUACUUCAGCAAUGGCGCUCUACUGUACAAGAAAGGGGAAGAGUCCAAUCCAACUGCUAUAGAGCAGGACGGCUCAAACCUCCCACAAGGAGGAGCAAAUGAUGGUCUCUAUUGGCUAGACCUACCAAUUGAUGAACAAGCAAAGGAAAAAGUAAAGAGAGGAGACCUGAAGAGUGCAGAGGUUUAUCUUCACGCCAAAUCAAUGCUUGGAGGAACCUUCACCGACAUCCAGGUGUGGACAUUUUACCCAUUCAAUGGACCUGCAACAGCAAAAUUAGGGUUAAUCGAGGAAAUACCAUUGGGGAAAAUCGGCGAACACGUGGGGGACUGGGAGCACUUUACCUUGAGAAUCAGCAAUUUCGACGGCAUUCUCGAUAGGGUAUACUUCGCACAGCACAGCGGAGGCCAGUGGAUGGAUUCCUGCUCCAUCGAAUUCCAGAAUGGCAACAAAUUCGUGAUGUAUUCAUCGUUGAAUGGGCACGCGAGCUAUCCGAAGGCAGGGGUAGUUCUGCAGGGGACGGGAGCUGUCGGGAUAAGGAACGAUACGGCCAAAAGUGAUAUGGUGGUGGAUUGUGGGGCGGCGUUUUCGGUAGUAGCGGCGGAGACGGUGGAGGAGCCGCCGUGGUUGAACUAUUUCCGGGAAUGGGGGCCGGCGAGAAGCUACAAGAUUGCGGAAGAAGUAGAAAAAGUGAAGAAACUGUUGCCGGGAAAACUGAAAUCUGCCUUUGAGAAAUUGGUGAAUUCAUUGCCCAAAGAGGUGUACGGACAAGUUGGGCCCACUGGGCCCAAACUCAAAGAGAAUUGGGCCGGUGACGAAAAAUAAGUAAAUAAAUCAUUUAAAGUGUGUAAUACGUAUCACAAGUAGCAGACAGCUUGUAUAAAUAUAAAAGUUCGAAAUAUAUAUAUUUAUUCCACAUUCA